AUGGAAGAAUCACCAAGUUCAAAAACUGAACCCCUUUUCUCUAUUCCAGUAGAUAUAAAUCACAAAGCCACAGAAUUCAAUCUAUUUUCAAUUUCUUCUCCUCACAUGAAAGCUUUUCAUCUUGCAUGGUUUUCACUUUUUUCAUGCUUCUUCUCAACUUUUUCUAUCCCUCCACUCCUUCCCAUAAUCCGGGAAGACCUGCAUCUCUCCCAAUCCGAUGUCGGAAAAGCUGCUGUGGCAUCUUUUGUGGGGUCCAUCUUCUCUCGACUCGCAAUGGGCCCCGUUUGUGACCUUGUUGGCCCGCGUAUCGCCUCCUCUACCCUCUCCCUCAUCACUGCACCAAUAGUAUUGUCCACUGCCUUCAUUUCAUCACCACUAUCAUUCAUUCUCAUUCGAUUUCUCAUUGGUUUUUGUUUAGCAAAUUUUGUUGCAAAUCAGUUCUGGAUGAGCUCCAUGUUUUCGGGUCGGGUUGUCGGAAUCGCCAACGGGUUUGCUGCUGGCUGGGCUAAUGUUGGGUCAGGAGUCACACAAAUUUUUAUGCCAUUAAUAUAUUCUUUCUUCAUUAACACCCUAAAUUUGCCUUCUUCUACUGCAUGGCGUGUUGCGUUUAUUUUACCAGCAACUUUCCAGGCAGUAACUGCAGUAAUGGUUCUCGCAUUUGGCCAGGAUUUACCAGAUGGCAACUACAAACGUGUGAAGAAAAGCACGGAUUCGACUGAUAAGAACAACGCUUUUGGCAUUCUCUUUGAUGGAUUAAAGAAUUACAGAGGGUGGAUUCUCGGAAUAACAUACGGGUUUUGCUUUGGAGUUGAAUUAACAACUGAUAACAUCAUUGCACAGUACUUUUACGACAGGUUUAGUUUGGAUAUUGAGACCGCCGGUGUAAUCGCAGCCAGUUUCGGUUUCGCGAAUAUCGUGUCUCGACCAGCAGGAGGGAUGAUUUCCGACGAGAUGGGGCGGAGAUUUGGGAUGAGAGGGCGGUUGUGGAGUUUGUGGGUGGUGCAAACGGUGGCGGGGUUGCUGUGUUAUUUGCUUGGUCGAGUCAACUCACUUUGGGGAUCAGUUUUGGUAAUGUGUUGCUUCUCCUUGUUUGUACAAGCUGCUUCUGGCCUCACAUUUGGUGUGGUCCCUUUUGUCUCCAAAAGGUCUCUUGGUGUAAUAUCGGGCAUGACAGGGAGUGGGGGGACAUUGGGUGCAGUGGUGACCCAGCUGCUGCUAUUAUUAUAUUCAGGCAGCACCUCUAAUUAUCAUAAGAUUUCAACUGAGAAAGGCAUAUCCAUAAUGGGAUUGAUGAUGCUGUUUUUCACUCUUUUAAUCACCCUAAUUUAUUUCCCCAACUCUGGUGGAAUGUUUUGUGGACCUUCAAAACAAACUGAUUAUCACUUGCUUGCAUAA